GUGUGUGUGUGUGUGUGUGUGUGUGUGUCCUCUCAUUCACUUCAGGUCUCCCGCUGGAAGAGAGCGAGCGGAGCGGAGGGAUCCGGCUGUCUGUGCCCGUGUUCCUCUCACCGUGUGUCGGCUAAACUCGGAGGAAAACACCGCGAAACCAACAACGACGAACGCGCCGGAUUAAAAACCCGCCAGAUAAGAUUUGAUCGAUUGAUUUGAUCGGAACUGAUUGAUCACACACACACACACACACAGUCACAGGUUGCUAGCCGAGUUAACGCUAGCCGAGCCGAGCCGAGCCGAGUUAGUGAGUUAGCUCGCCGCGGUUAGCUCGAGUUAAACGGGCUAAACUUUAGAGCCAUCCCCCCCCGGGUAGUCUGCUCCGUGAGUCCGGCAGGAUGUGGUGUUUUUCCGGACGUGUAUCCCGCUGGCCGGCCGGUAGCAUCGGCUGACUGUGGAAGCCUAACGGUCGACCUGGAGCUUCUCCCCCCGUGCCGGGCCGUGUGUGUGUCCCCCCCCCGGCUCCCUGCGCUGUUUUUGGGGCUGCUUCUUUUGGACUUCGCCCUCGGGGUUGUUUUCUAAACUCCUUCUCUUCUCUCCUCUAAACCGUUUAUUCUUCUGUUGGAGUAUUUUUCUUUUUUUUUAAAAAAAUCAAAACUUUUCUGGAAGUUUUCUUUCUUUCUUUUUUUUUCUUUUUUUUUUUUUUUUGUUGGGAAGUUUUGAGGAGGAAUUUUUCCGAGCCUGUCGGAAAAAUGGAUGCGGGUAUAGAGAAGGAAUGCAGCGCCUUGGGAGGGCUCUUCCAGCUCAUCAUGAACGACAUGAAGGCCAGUUAUCCGACAUGGGAGGACUUCGUAACCAAAGGAGCCAAGCUCCAGUCACAGCUCAGGACGACCAUCGUGGUGACCGGGGCCUUCCUGGACGCCUUUCAGAAGGUGGCGGACAUGGCGACCGGGACCAGAGGUGCCACCAAGGACAUCGGCUCAGCGCUGACCAGGAUGUGUAUGAGACACCGCAGCAUCGAGUCCAAACUCAAACUGUUCACCACAGCGCUCUCAGAAAGUCUGAUCACUCCGCUGGAGCUGAAGAUGGAGGAGUGGAAGAAAGUGGCCAGUCAGCUGGACAAAGACCACGCCAAAGAGUACAAGAAAGCCCGAGCAGACAUCAAGAAGAAAUCAUCGGACACCAUCAAGCUGCAGAAGAAAGUGAAGAAAGGGAAGGACGAGGCUCGCGGUCAGCUGGACAGCGCGCUGCAGGACGUCAACGUCCGCUACGUCGUCCUGGAGGAGACGGAGAAGCGAGCCGUGUGCAGAGCGCUGAUCGAAGAGAGAGCGCGCUACUGCAGCUUCGUCGGGAUGUUGAAGCCUGUGCUGGACCAUGAGAUCAACAUGCUGGGUGAGGUGACCCACCUGCAGACCAUCCUGGAAGAUCUGACCAACCUGACCGCCGAGCCCAACAAACUCCCAGCAGCCAGCGAGCAGGUGAUUUUGGACCUGAAAGGUUCUGAUUUCAACUACACCUAUCAGACACCGCCGGCUUCUCCCAGCAACACUCUGUCCAGGAAGAGCAGCAUCAGCAGUAACUACCAGUCUGGAUCAGUGAGACACGUUCCCUCUCUGGACUCCAUCAGCUGUGCUGUCGAUGGAGUGCACAUCCAGGAUGCCGUCGGCUCAACCAAUCAGCUCGCAGCUGCAGGGAGCGGAGGGGCAGAGAACGGCAUGUUGGCCCCGCCACACAACGCCUACUCAAACCACGGAGAGAGAGCUCGAGCCAUGUCGGCGUCUGGGAAGUCUUGCUCGGCCCGGGAUCAGCUGGCGCUGACGUUGGGUGCGUUGAAUUCGGACGCCCAGAGGAGCAGCAGGGACUCUCUGCACUGCUCAAGCGGCUACAGCACCCAGACCACCACCCCGUCCUGCUCCGAGGACACCAUCCACACACACACUGUAAAGAGAGAUCCUCCCCUCUAUGUCGACUACGAGUCCAUCUCUCUCCACGGAGACGCCGACUCCAUCUCCUUACACCACCUCUCACACGGCAACAGCCAGUCAGACUUCGACAAGUCCUCCACCAUCCCGAGGAACUCCGACCUCAGUUUCCAGUACAGGAAGUUCGCUCAGUCCAAGCGCCCCUCCUCUACUGUGAGCCUAUUGGCCGAGCCCGAACUGAUCGGCAGGUCGGCCCACCAGCUGCCGUCCCACACGGCGACCAUCCGCCGCAAACCGUCGUCCAAGCCGGCGUAUCGCAGGGGCACCAUCAGCGGCGGCGUCCCCAUCCCCAUCAGCACCCCGCAGGUUCCCCUCAAAGCCAUCGGAGGAAACGGCGGCAGCGACGAGAAUGUCUUUGCGGUGCCCUCCGCCAUCGGAGGAGGCGGAGGUUUAGGUUACAAUAAACUCUGCACCUCCACACAGAGCCUCAGUGCCUUACCUCCCUCCUCCUCCUCCUCCCCGUACUACCAGCUGGUCCCUGGUCAGAUGCCCAUCCCGGUGCCUGUGCCCACUGUGCCCUCCCUGGCACUAGAGGGCAGCAACGCCAAGCAGCAGCAACAGAGACACUACCAGCAACAGCAGCAAAUGAACCAACAACUAAAUCAUCAGCAGCAACGCAAUCAACUACAGCAGCAGCAGCAGCAAUACCAGCAGCCGCAGCAACAGUUUCAGCAGCAGCAGCAACUACAGCAACAGUUUGCACAUCAACAGCAACUACAGCAACAGUUUCAACAUCAACAAUCACUGCUUCAGCAACCCCAGCAACUGCUUCAUCAACAAGACCAGUACCAGCAGCAGCAGGAGCAGCUGAACCAGCAGCAGAAACAGAAGCUGUUCCAGCAGCAGCAGGCCCAGCUCCAGGCCUCCGCCUCCCAGGGAGAGCCCCCCAGUCCGGGCCAGGGUGCUCACUAUCAGCCCCAGGCUCCUCCACCCUCCAGCCAGGACCAGAACCAGGACCAGAACCAGGACCAGGAGCAGGAGCAGGUGACCCAGAGUGGAGGAGGAGACAUGCUGCACCAGAUCAGAGGAGUGCGGCUCAAAAGGACCGUCACCAACGAUCGCUCCGCCCCUCUCCUGCCACCUCCCACCAAUCACAAGUGACGCUGAUCAGCAGACUUCCCGUCGGACACGGAUCGAUCGCGGACUGAUCGCAGGAACUCGACGUGUCGCAUUUUAUUUUGUAGAAUUCUGCUUCCUUUUAGGCCGCGCUCUUAGUUUGAAACAUUUUUUUGAGACGUUGUCGUCGCUUCCUGUUGCCGCGGCGACCACCUUUUGCCUCUUCUUUUUUUUUUUUUUUUUUUUUUUUUUUUUUUUUUUUUUUGGUUCAUGUUUGCAUUUCAAUGUGUCGACGCAGUCUCACCCACAGAACUGCCGCUCGUUUUAAUUAGUACUCCUGCUCAAUCGUUAUGUGGCUUCUUAAUCAGCCGCACAGGAAGCUGUUCAGAUCCUCGUCAGUCCUAGGUGCGUUUAAAUUCGCCUUUUUUCACUCCCAGUGGGGUGGGGUUCAGUAAAGUCCAGUAGCUCCACUGUGUCGCAUGGUUGAACCAUGGUGUGUGUGUGUGUGUGUGUGUGUGGAGGUUUUACUUUGCUGGCUGUGGGUCGGUGUCGGUCCAGUCCAGACGUCUGCAGAGUGUUUUGGGUUGUUCCGGGUCAUCUCAAAGAGUCGCACACCGAACCCGACGCUUCCCGACACCCGCCCGGGUCUGCAGACUGUAAAUAUGUUGGAACAAACAACAAACGUUUUUGGCCCGAGUCGAGGAGCCACAAUGGCGACAGUUUACGCUCCCGGGACGCCAAAUGGCGCCGCUGACGGGUACGGUUUGUGGUUAAAGGAUUAAAACGGUUAGUGUGUGCAAAUGUCUGGUUUACUGUGUAAAUAUCUCUGAGGAAUAAUAACAGCAACUUUUAGAGGCAACGCUGUUUUUAGAAGCACGAACACAUGAACCCUCUGCCACCACAUCAAAUCAUUUAAUAUUCAAACUAUGUAACGAACUCACUGUUGCUCAUUAUCGUCACUUAUUGUCUGCAGGUACGUUCACGUUAAGUCAGACAAACAAAUCAUCUGAUUUAUUGAUGUCUGUCAGUUUCACCAUCAGAGGGCGCUGAUCCUUUUAUUUUUACGUCUUGGUCACGUCUGUAAGAAUCAAACAGUUAUUAAAAUAUUUAUGACUUAUAACAUAUAACAUAUAAAAAAUACAGCGUCGCCCUCAAAUCCCGUCCAAUCAUCUGUCGGGGCUGUUUAACUGUUGUAACGUGCAAUAAUUAUUAAUUCACAUAAUUAAUGUUCAGUUUUAUCAUCGACACAAGCUGAUAUGAUCUUCUCCCGUCCCGUGAUCUUCAGAUUACGGUCACGUAAACUAAAGAGAAGCCUCGGUUUAAUGUUUGUUUCAGCUCCAGUUAUUUAUUUCAUCAGUUUUAGCUUCAGCGUGGCGGUGUGUCCGUCAGGAGAAUCUUCUGCUCACAGAUCUCUGUCGUGUCGUGUUUGAUAAAGACUCUGCUCGACCUUUGACUUUGUCUGUUUGACUUCAGCUCACUGCGAGGACCGUUUCAGCGUUUCACUUUUUUAAAUUAAACUAUAUUUAUCGACCCGGUUUGGUUCGGCUCCGAUAGCUGGCUCUAUUUUGGAUUCUGUUCCAAGUCGGUAAAAAUAUUUACAUCUGUUAAUUCUCAUAAAAUCUCCGUUGUCAUCUCAGAUAUUCAGAGAAACGCCAAACAAGCGCUGUCGGUCAUCAUGAGUGUGUGUGUGUUGCCUCUAAAAGUUGCCUGUUGAGUUGUUGCAACAUGCUGGGACGCGGGGCCGUAGCUAAUGUUGAGGCCUGAAGUCAUGAGCCACAACUUAAUGACCAGUGAAUGAAACAUUAAAACAUCAGGUAACGUUAACGUAACUUCUCAGAUUCCAACUUCAUGGCUUGUUUUUGUCUGAUCAACAGUCCAAAUCUCAAAGAUAAUCCGUUUGCAGGUUUCGUGCUCGGUAUUUCUUAAAUCGUGGUUACGGCCCUGCUGGAAAGCUGAGCAGAGGCCAGCUGCAUGCUGGGAAACGCAGUCCAGUCUCUGGUCAGCUGGUCUGUUCUUUUUGUGUGUUUCGGGAUUUCCUCCAGCUGAUUUCAGUGUUUUUUUUUUUAAUUGUUGACAAGUCAGAGAAGCUUGUGAUGUUCAUUAUUGAUUGAUUGAUUGAUUGAUUGAUUGAUUGAUUGAUGGACCCGACGAGCCUCACAGCAGUUGUUUGUGUAUAUAUUAGUGCUUCUAUUCCUGGGAGAGAUCUAAAUCUAUAUAUAAAAUGUAUGUAUACAUAUCCUGAUUGUAUUUUUGUUGAUUUAUCGAUCAGACGACGCGAUCAGACCCGACGCCGCCGCCGUCCGUCGGUCGUCAUAUUUUUGUAGAAAAGCUUUAAAAGGAGGUGAACUUCCUGAUGUUUGGAGGAUCUGAAACCCGAUUUGGACGUCUGGACUGUCGAGGAGCAAACGAAGGACUGAGCAGACGCACGGACGACUUGAACCAACAGAAUGUAGAAAAUGUUUUGUUUUUCAUUUUUGAUGUUCGCUGUGGGAUCGAUAAUAAUAAUAAUAAUUGAUUGA